CACUUUCAGGAUCGCUUUGAUUUAACGCAAGUGUUUGGCCCAAAAUCUACACUGAUCAGUCCAAGAAAAAUUCAUCCCUUUUCGCGUCGCCCGCUUCGGUCGAAAAAUCGCAGCUGGAACUGGCGUAAAAUGCGAACCAUUCUGAAGGACCUUUUCGAGGAAUUUUGCUCCAGUACCACAAUUCACGGAAUGCACUACAUCGGAGCGUCGAAAACUAUACUCGGACGAAUUGGCUGGAUGAUUGCGUUUGUCUUGUCUGUACUCUGCUGUGGAAUGCUCAUACAGAAUGUGUACCAAAAGUGGGACAGCAAUCCGGUUAUUGUAAGCUUUGACGAUACACCUACGCCGGUGUGGAAGAUUCCGUUUCCGGCGAUAACCGUCUGUCCGGAAGACAAGAUAAGUGCGGAUGUAAUGAAUUUCACAGAUGAUUUUUACACACAUUUUCAUACCAAUAAAACGUUGAGUGAAAAUAGACUUGAUCGUCUGAUGGCAGUGCUACAGAUUUGUGACCGUUUUUUCCACAUGGAUUCGUUGUAUGGCGGUAAAUAUCCAAACGAGACAAAGGAAGUAGUUUCUUUCUUAGAUGAAGUGUUGAUUCGAUCCAGCGUCAUGUGUGGUUAUGAGGAUGAGUCUUGUAACGAAGGCCGCAUUUCUGAAACGCUCACUGAAGACGGAAUCUGUUUCACGUACAACGGCUUCUCUGCCAAAGAUAUGUUCAACGAUGGUGUCCUGCAUGAUCAGUACGAGUAUUUGACGGAAACUCGAACUGCUGUGAAUUGGUCGAUGGAAAAUGGAUACGCUCCGGGAGCACCUUUUGAAACUCAUCCAUUGAGAGGCACGGGAUAUGCGCUUCCAAUAACGUUUGAACUCGAGAGAGAUGAACGCGAUAUGGAAGAGUACUGUACGGGAAGACAUAGAUUCAAAAUGAUUUUACAUUCUCCGGAUGAGUACCCUCUGCCGUUUGCUAAACAUUUGAUGAUUUCUCUGGACCAAGAUGUCGAAAUAGCAAUUCGGCCGGAAAUUUUGGUCACCUCCGAAGACCUUCUUAGCUAUUCUCCGAAUCGUCGGCAAUGUUUCUUUAACAAUGAACGCCAGCUCAAGUUCUUUCGCGUGUACAAUCAAAACAAUUGUGAGCUAGAAUGUAUCACAAAUUACACGCUGAAAGUAUGCGGUUGCGUAAAGUUCUCAAUGCCUCGAACGGAAGAAACACGAGUGUGCAGUACAGCUGAGCAGCGAUGCAUUAAGGAGGCCUACCGCGUUCUUCAAAUGAACAGUAAAGAUCAGGUUAUGGCAUGUAACUGCAUGUCAGCUUGCAGCUCUAUCAAGUUCCACACCGAAAUAAGUCAAUCUGCGAAUGAUAAGGCGUCUUAUGACCUGCGGUUGGGAAUUUUCUAUGGGAAACCCUUUGAUAGUGGAGCAUUGUAUUGAAUUUGAUAUUUUUCUUAAAGGAAAGUUUUUUAUGUGUUUUCUUUUUUCAGCGGAUUUUACACACCAGUUAAAUGUUUCUACAAGGACACCGAGUUCCUGUCAAUGCGCCGAGGUGAGCUGUUUGGA